UGCAUACAUGGAAGAGGAGGGACCCAGAGGUGACAUGACCAUCCAAUCAGGGCUCAGCAACUCCACAGAGAGCAUUGACAGCAUGAAGGCCCUGACUGCUGCUAUAGAGGCUGCCAAUGCACAGGUCCAUGGACCAGCCAGCCAGCAUGUCAUUAACAGCACCAUGACAGUGAACACUCCCACCCUCACCAUCCUGACCAGGGGGCCAGUAGAAGACCACCGGGAUAUGUACAGGAAAGAAGCACUCAGGAAGGGCAGAUGUCUCUCUAUAGGCAUCCAGGUGGAUGGACCGGAUGAUGACCCCGAUCCAGAGGACCCCUCCAAGUUCACCUCUGUGGGGGUGCAGGUGGAGGAUGACAGCGGGUGA